AUUUUAUACCAAGCUUACUAUGAGUCUCUCUCAUUUCCGGAAGUAACCGGUGGAAGCCCAUGCUCCCGGCGGUCGAGUUGGUCCUUCCCGGCCGUUCUCGCUCUUGAUUUCCAUCUCUCGUCUCCUGGCUCCGACCGCCUCCUCCACUCUCUGUCUCCAGCUUCCUUCGGUUGAUCAAAAGAAGAAACGAACAAACCGUCUCCGGUGGCAGGAUGGGGAACCAGAAGCAGAGGUGGACGGAGGAGGAGGAAGGCGCCCUGCUCGCCGGGGUAUCCAAGUACGGUCCUGGGAAGUGGAAGAACAUUAUCAAGGAUCCUGACUUCGCUCCUCUCCUCACCCACCGCUCCAAUAUCGACCUCAAGGACAAAUGGCGGAAUAUGUGUGCUAACAACGGUUCGAUAGAAAGAUCCAAGAGAGGUAGAGUGAAGAAUCCGAUUGUUCGGAUCGCAUCCUUUGCUAAAUCCUCAGCUCCUGCUGAAAAUGUCGAUGCUAUUAUAGAUCAUGCUCUGGAAAUUGCAGCUGAUGGGAAAAAGGAUGCGGGUAUGAAGCUUUCCAUAUCGACCAGGUAUAUUGCAAUGGUUUAUGAAGCUCUUUCAGAAAUUAACGACUUGAAUGGAAGUGAUCUUAGCACGAUUCUUGACUUCAUUGAGCAAAGGCAUGUGGUGCCUCAGAAUUUUAGGAGGGUAUUAAGCGAAAAGCUGAGAAGGCUUGUUGCGCAGAGAAAGCUCGAGAAGGUGCAAGACAAUUACAGAAUAAUGAAAGGAGCUCCACCAAAAACAAAAUCACCAACCCGAAAACCUGAAGAGCUCAAGCAACUCCAGUUGAAGAAUCCUGCACUAGUCACUUAUGAUGACUUUGAAGCCGUGCUAGAAGCAGCAACAGUCGCUGCUUACAAGAUAGCUGAGGCGGAAAACAAAUCGUUUCUGGCUGCAGAAGCAGUAAGAGAGGCAGAACGAAUCGGUGUAAUGGCAGAGCACACGGAGGCAACGCUCUAUCUUAUCGAGGAAAUUUAUGAGCAAUGUUCAAGAGGCGAAGUCUUUGUCCUGGCCUAAAAUUUUCCAGCUAGGUGAGAUCUUUAUGAUAGUUAGGAGCUGUAUGUAGCAAGUCGAUUGAGCACUAACCAAUUUGGCAAGUCCUUCGGUUCUUUUAGAAUGGCGAGUAGGAAACAUGUGUAGGUAGUGUGUAGUGGAGGUUGACCCAGACAGUAGUUGUAAAGGCAGACUCCAUCUUCAUGAAAGGGUUAUCUACUGAUAGAGAAACCCAUUUCCAUGUCCAAAUGUUUUAUAGAGUUGAUAGUCAGACAUGAGAUAGAUAUAUGUAAUGACAAGAGAAUGCAUCUUCAAGUAUUUCCUACGCCAUAUGUUUUAAUCCUAUUCCGAUAGGAGGGAAUAUAGG